AUGGUCUCUUCAGCUACCGUAACCCAACUCUACAGAACCGCGGAUCCGGAAGCGAAUAUGCCAAGUGAAACAAAUGACGUUGACCUGACGACAAAUGGAAUCGACGCUUCGAAGAAAAAGAUGCGACGUCGGCGCUCAAUGAAGCGCCCAAAGCCGUGUGAUGAGGAAGAGGACGAUGUGCCAGAAUUGAGACGAUCUACACGCCUAAGCGCCCAAGGAGCUAUGGCUCCAUAUAAUUCGAAUCAUUUUCUCAUCGAAGAUCUCUACGAGAGGACCGUUACUGAUCAGAAUGGACAUGGAUCAGAAACAUCGCAGUCCUCAGAGAAGGGCGCAAAUGGGCUGGAUGGUUCAAAUUGUUCAACUGCUGGGCAAGAUGACAUUGAUUGUGACGAAGAGGAUUUUGAACAGGCUCUUCAAGAUAUGGAUGCAGAGAAGGCCACCGGGAUGAAUCGAGACGAGCUUACUCGAGAACUCGUCAACGCUUCGAAGGAUAACCGUAAAAUCGUUGACGAGUUGGAACGCGUGAAAGACGAAAACGGCCGAUUGAAGAACAUCUUGAAAAAAUAUGGGCUCCCCGAAGAUGGACAAGAUAAAGCUAGC